AUGGCUGCAAGAUUUUUAAGAGAUUUUGAACCGCAACAUGCUCGUCGAAUACUAGAUGAGUUAGCACCAUCACAAAAAAUGCGAAAACCAAUUGAAAAUUUUGACGAUAUACCGGUUGUUUCACUUGAAGAAAUAGUUGAGCCAUUACUUUCACUUGUUCCCAAUAUCAAAGAAAUGGUAUCGAAAGCAAAAGAGAAAUGUGAUAAAACAAAAGAUAGUUUAACAACUGACGAAUCUGCUUCAAUCAUGUUGUAUUCAGUAGAAUGGAAACUAAGAGAAAAUCCUUUUUUAUAUUACAUUAAAUAA